GAUGGAAAUGCGGUGCGUGAAAUUCAAGCAAUAUAGAAAAAAAAAUAUGAAAGGUUUGCAUUCUUUUUUUUUGUUUUCUCUUCCCUGUAAUAUUACAUUUAUUUAUUUUUUUUCUUUCUUCCUUCUUUAUUCUUACAUGGCAGCACCUCCUCCACCUGUUGUUAAUGGACCUGUUAUUGCUGGUUAUUUUGCAAAUUGGGGAAUUUAUGCAAGAAAUUACAAUGUGAUAGAUCUUGCUCACAAUGCUGAUAGACUGACUCAUAUUUUAUAUGCUUUUGCCAACAUAGAACCGUCAGGACAAGUUGUUCUUGGUGAUAAAUGGGCAGAUACCGAUAAGCAUUUUUCUCCAGAACAAAGUGUAGAUGGGAAGGGGGAUCCUUGGUCCGAAAAUGACACGGAAAACCUAUUUGGGAAUUUUAAACAACUCUAUCUACUGAAGCGCAAAUAUCGACACUUAAAAGUCAGUUUGUCAAUUGGAGGCUGGACAUGGUCUACGAAUUUUGCAGCAGUAGCAAAUGAUCCUCAAAAACGAGCUUUGUUUGUUCAAUCAGCCAUCAAACAUCUUGCUGAUCUUGGUUUGGAUGGCAUAGAUAUCGAUUGGGAAUAUCCAAAGAAUGAACAAGAAGCAUUAUCUUAUGUCCACCUUCUCUAUGAAGUUCGUUUGGCAUUAGAUGCAUAUCAGCAACAAGUACAACAAACCAAUCAACCAAGACUCACUUUAUCAGUAGCUGUGCCUUGUGGACCAUCACAAUACCGAAUCUUACGAUUACGUGAUAUGGCACCUUAUGUUGAUCUUUUUUAUCUGAUGGCGUACGAUUUUGCCGGUUCAUGGGAUGCUCAGACUGGACAUCAAUCAGCUUUGUAUGGAGAAGGAUUAAAUUGUCACCAAGCCAUAUCAGAUUAUAUUGCAGCCGGAGUACCACCACAGAAAUUAGUGAUGGGGAUGCCAGCUUAUGGACGAGCGUUUUCCAAUACAUCGGGACCAGGAGCAGCAUUUCAAGGCGUACCUGAAGGUUCUUGGGAAAAGGGACAAUAUGAUUACAAAGCACUUCCUCGACCUGGUGCUCAAGAAUUCAAUGAUCCAAACCGAUGCAUGUCUUGGUCUUACGAUCCUCAACAACGUGAAUUUGUGACAUAUGACUCACCUGUCAUUGUCCAAGCCAAAUGUGAUUACAUCAAGCAGGCUCAACUAGGUGGUGCUAUGUUCUGGGAACUUUCUGCUGAUCAUCCAAGAGAUCAUCCUCGAAGUUUGGUUCAAACCGUCUAUCAAAACCUCGGUCACUUGGAUUCCAUGCCAAAUCAUCUGGAUUAUCCUGCAAGUCAAUAUGCCAAUAUGCGAGCGUCCAUGAACUCUUAGAAAAAUAUUCAUACUAGUUAUAUUUUUUUUUUUUUGGUAGUCAUUGUAUCAUUUGUUUUUAUGUCAAUAAAUCCUUUUUUUUUUU